GUUCAUUUUUCUCUGAUUUGCACGUCGUUUUUCGUUAAUUAUGGGCCAGAAAAGGCAAAGGGACCAUAAUGGCCCUCGACUACAGUCUAGGAAGAGAAAGAGGGCUGAAACCAGUAGCAAUGCUGCUGACAAACAGAACGCUCCAGAGGAGAUUGUCGGAAUGGAAGACCUCAACUGGAAGGAGGUAGCGCUGCCGGACCGACUUGAUGAUUUUGGGGGAUUUUUCGGCCUGGAGGAGAUAGAUGGAGUGGAUAUUGUCAAGCCACAGGGAAAGGGAGAAAUUCGCUUCAAGGCCGCCGCUGGAAAGCCAGGGAAGUCUAUCUUGAAGAAGACCCCUCCUCAGACGGGGACCACCGAUUUUACCGACGAAUGGAGUGGUUUCAGCGAUGGCGAGGCCGCGGAAAAGGACGAUACAUCAACCACGCAGAAGGAGUCGAAAGAAGCGAAGGUCGACAGAAAGGAAAAUAAAGAGCAGAGUAUGAAGAAGGAUGUCAAGAAGAAACAGAGGGAACCCAAGGAAAAGAAAGCUGGCAAUUCUCAGGACCGAAACAUUCAGUCGGGGCUUUCAUUUGCUGCCCUUGAGGACGAGGAAGAAGAUGACGGCGUUGAUAUCUCUGCAUGGGAGUCACUUGGUCUUUCUCCGGACAUUCUCACCGGUCUUUCGAAGAUGAAAUUCACCUCCCCUACUGCAGUCCAAACCGCCUGUAUACCUCCCAUUCUAGAUGGCCAUGACGUUGUGGGCAAGGCCUCGACAGGAUCGGGAAAGACCUUGGCCUUUGGCAUACCCAUCUUGGAGCACUACCUAGGACUGGAGCGAAAGGAGGACAAAGACGAGUCGAAGAAAAAGGAAAAGAUCCCAAUCGCAUUGAUUCUAUCGCCGACUAGGGAACUGGCGCAUCAGCUGAUGAAGCAUAUUGGAGAUCUGAUCUCACAAGCUCCAGGCGCUAAUGCUCGCCUUGCACUCUUGACUGGUGGCCUUUCGGUUCAGAAGCAGCAGCGACUGCUAGCGAAUGCUGAUAUCGUCAUCGGUACCCCCGGUCGAGUAUGGGAGGUCCUGAGCUCCGGGAAAGGCUUGAUUCGCAGGAUGCAAGGCAUCAAGUUCCUGGUUGUUGAUGAGGCAGAUAGGCUCCUGAGUGAGGGCCACUUUAAGGAAGUUGAGGAAAUUUUGGGCGCUUUGGAUCGGGUGGAGGAUGGGGAGCCUCUAGAAGGGGAAGAUCAAUCAUCAGAAGGUGAAAAGGCUAACCCAAGCUCAGAGAGACAAACUCUCGUUUUCUCGGCUACCUUCCACCGGGACCUGCAGCAGAAGCUAGCCGGUAAAGGACGUUGGACGGGUGGAGAUAUAAUGAACAAGAAGGAGUCCAUGGAGUAUCUUCUUCAGAAGCUGAAUUUCAGGGAGGAAAAGCCGAAGUUCAUUGACGUCAACCCCGUUUCGCAGAUGGCUGAGGGGCUGAAGGAGGGUAUUGUUGAGUGCGCCGCAAUGGAAAAGGACCUCUUCCUGUACACGCUACUUCUCUAUCAUCCUAAACACCGGACACUGGUCUUUACAAACUCUAUCUCUGCUGUCCGACGACUCACUCAAUUCCUCCAAAACCUUCAACUUCCAGCGCUCGCCCUUCAUUCAUCUAUGGCCCAAAAGGCGCGCCUACGAUCCGUUGAGCGGUUUUCUUCUCCGUCUUCGGACCCAGGUACUAUCCUCGUUGCGACUGAUGUGGCCGCCCGUGGUCUCGACAUUAAGGGGAUUGACUUUGUUAUUCAUUACCAUGCCCCACGCACCGCUGACACAUAUGUUCACCGUUCCGGCCGUACUGCUCGUGCCGGGGCAUCCGGUAAGAGUGUUAUCAUUUGUGCCCCUGAAGAGAUGGUCGGGGUUGUGCGCCUUGCCGCCAAGGUGCAUGCCCAUAUGGCUAACGGCAAACGGCUGCCCCUUGAGUCUCUGGAACUGGAUCGUCGAGUUGUCUCUAGGGUUAAACCUCGAGUGACUCUUGCAGCGCGCAUUACGGACUCUGGCAUCGCCAAGGAAAAGAUUUCUGCCGAGGACAAUUGGCUUCGGAACGCUGCAGAGGACCUUGGCGUUGACUAUGACAGCGAGGAAUUCGACGAGGCCCAGGGGCGAGGUAGAGGCCGCGGCAAGGGCCGACAAGAACGCGAGCGACAGGCUAGCAGCGUUUCGAAGUCGGAGCUAGCGGGGAUGCGUGCUGAGCUGAAGCAGCUGAUAUCCCAACGAGUGAAUAUUGGCGUUAGUGAGCGUUAUUUAACCGCCGGCCGUGUUGACAUCGAGGCCCUUCUACGUGGAGAGGGAAAUAACUCCUUCCUGGGCCAGGUUGAUCCAUUAGGGUUUUAGAUAUUUGUUAAUAUAAAGAUACCACUAGGC